CGCAGUGCGGCGCGGCCGCGCCCGGGAGCGCGCAGUGCGGCGCACCGAGCCCCGCACCGAGCCCCGGCUGCCGCCGACCCUCCGCUCCCCACCGGCUGAGGAUCCCUCUGCACGUGCUGCUGCCCCCGGGGGGGGACGCUCUGAGGUGCUGCCCCUGCCCAGUCCUCCAGGAUGGUCAUACCCGGGCACCGCCUCCCCUGCGCAGGGAUCGUCUUCGCCCUCUGCCUCCAGCACCUCGGCAGCACCAUCGAGGUCCCUCUGGAUCCAAGUAUUCAGAGUGAAUUGCCCCAGCCCCCCACCAUCACCAAGCAGUCGGUGAAGGAUUACAUCGUGGACCCCAGGGACAACAUCUUCAUCGAGUGCGAGGCCAAAGGCAACCCCGUGCCCACCUUCUCCUGGACUCGGAACGGGAAGUUCUUCAACGUGGCCAAGGACCCCAAGGUGUCGAUGCGGCGCCGCUCGGGGACCCUCGUCAUCGACUUCCACAGCGGGGGCAGACCUGAGGACUACGAGGGGGAGUAUCAGUGCUUCGCCAGGAACGACUAUGGCACUGCCCUCUCCAGCAAGAUCCACCUCCAGGUGUCCAAGUCUCCCCUGUGGCCCAAGGAGAAGGUGGAUGUGAUCGAGGUGGAUGAAGGGGCCCCUCUGAGCCUGCAGUGCAACCCCCCCCCAGGGCUCCCCCCGCCCGUCAUCUUCUGGAUGAGCAGCUCCAUGGAGCCCAUCCAGCAGGACAAGCGAGUGUCCCAGGGGCAGAACGGGGACCUUUACUUCUCCAACGUGAUCCUGCAGGACGCCCUGACCGACUACAGCUGCAACGCCCGCUUCCACUUCACCCACACCAUCCAGCAGAAGAACCCCUUCACCCUCAAGGUCAAAACCAAGAAGCCCCAUAACGACACGUCUUUAGGAAAUCUCACUGACAUGUACAGUGCCCGAGGGAUCACGGAGACGACUCCCAGCUUCAUGUAUCCCUACGGGACCUCCAGCAGCCAGAUGGUGCUCCGAGGGGUGGAUCUGCUGCUGGAGUGCAUCGCAUCUGGAGUACCAGCGCCGGACAUCAUGUGGUUCAAGAAAGGAGGGGAGCUGCCCGUGGGCAAAACCAAGCUGGAGAACUUCAACAAGGCCCUUCGCAUCUCCAACGUGUCCGAGGAGGACUCCGGGGAGUAUUUCUGCCUGGCCUCCAACAAGAUGGGCAGCAUCCGCCACACGAUCUCGGUGAGAGUGAAGGCUGCCCCGUACUGGCUGGAUGAACCCGAAAACCUCAUCCUGGCCCCCGGGGAGGACGGGAGGCUGGUGUGCCGAGCCAACGGGAACCCCAAACCCUCCAUCCAGUGGCUGGUGAACGGGGAGCCCAUCGAAGCCUCUGCCCACAACCCGAGCCGGGAGGUGGCCGGGGACACCAUCGUGUUCCGGGACACGCAGAUCGGCAGCAGCGCCGUGUACCAGUGCAACGCCUCCAACGAGCACGGCUACCUGCUGGCCAACGCCUUCGUCAGCGUGCUGGACGUGCCCCCCCGGAUCCUGGCCCCCCGCAACCAGCUCAUCAGGGUCAUCCAGAACAACCGCACCCGGCUCGACUGCCCCUUCUUCGGCUCCCCCAUCCCCACCCUGCGAUGGUUUAAGAACGGCCAGGGGAACACGCUGGACGGAGGGAACUACAAGGCGCACGAGAACGGGAGCCUGGAGAUGUUCAUGGCUCGGAAGGAGGACCAGGGCAUCUACACCUGCGUGGCCACCAACAUCCUGGGCAAAGCAGAGGCCCAGGUUCGCCUGGAGGUCAAAGACCCCACCAGGAUUGUGAGAGGGCCUGAGGACCAGGUGGUGAAGAGGGGCUCCAUGCCUCGCCUGCACUGCCGCGUCAAGCACGACCCCACGCUGAGGCUCACGGUCACCUGGCUCAAGGAUGAUGCCCCCCUGUACCUGGGAAGCAGGAUGAAGAAAGAAGACGAUGGUCUGACGAUAUUUGGCGUGGCUGAGAGGGACCAGGGGGAUUACACGUGCGUGGCCAGCACGGAGCUGGACAAGGACUCGGCCAAGGCCUAUCUCACCGUGCUGGCCGUCCCUGCUAACCGUUUGAGAGAGUUACCCAAAGCACGGCCCGACCAGCCCCGGGACCUGGAGCUGACGGACCUGGCGGAGCGGAGCGUGCGGCUCACCUGGAUCCCCGGGGAUGACAACAACAGCCCCAUCACAGACUACAUUGUGCAGUUCGAGGAGGAUCGCUUCCAGCCGGGAAUGUGGCACAACCAUUCCCGGUACCCCGGGAGCGUCAACUCUGCCGUGCUGAGCCUGGCCCCGUACGUCAACUACCAGUUCCGGGUGAUCGCCGUCAACGACGUGGGCAGCAGCGUGCCCAGCGUGCCCUCGGAGCGAUACCAGACCAACGGGGCACGUCCUGAAAUCAACCCCACGGGAGUUCAAGGUGCAGGGACCCAAAAAAACAACAUGGAGAUCACCUGGACGCCCCUGAAUGCAACUCAAGCUUAUGGGCCCAACCUCAGGUACAUCGUGCGCUGGCGGCGCCGGGACCCGCGGGGCAGUUGGUACAACGAGACGGUGAAGGGCCCCCGGCACGUGGUGUGGAACACCCCCAUCUACGUCCCCUACGAGAUCAAGGUGCAGGCGGAGAACGACUUCGGCAGAGCCCCCGAGCCCGACACCUACAUCGGCUACUCCGGGGAGGACUAUCCCAAGGCUGCUCCCACGGACGUUAGGAUUAGAGUCCUAAACAGCACUGCCGUGGCUCUGACCUGGACCAGAGUGCACCUGGACACCAUCCAGGGACAGCUCAAGGAGUACAGAGCCUAUUUCUGGAGGGACAGUAGUUUGCUGAAGAACCUGUGGGUCUCCAGAAAACGGCAGUUUGUGAGUUUUCCUGGAGACAGGAACCGGGGCAUAGUGUCCAGGCUGUUCCCUUACAGCAACUACAAACUUGAGAUGGUUGUGACCAACGGCCGAGGAGAUGGGCCCCGCAGUGAGGUGAAGGAAUUCCCCACUCCUGAAGGAGUGCCCAGCUCCCCCAGGUACCUGAGAAUCCGACAGCCCAACCUGGAAAUCAUCAAUCUGGAGUGGGAUCACCCCGAGCAUCCCAAUGGAGUCCUCACAGGAUACAGCCUUAGAUACCAACCCUUUAACGGGACCAAAACGGGCCGAACCGUGGUGGAGAACCUCUCCCCCAACCAGACCAGGUUCACCCUGCAGAGGACAGACCCCAUCUCCCGCUACCGCUUCGUGCUGCGCGCCCGCACCCAGGUGGGAGAAGGAGAGCCCGUAGUGGAGGAGUCCCCAGCCCUGCUGGACGAAGCCACGCCAACCCCAGGUACCGGAUUUGGAGCCGCCACUGGGACGCCUCCACCAGAGGAGCAAAGCAGCCCUACAGCCACCCCAACCACCACCACCGACACCACCACAGCCACAGCAACCACCCCAACUACUCCUGACACAACUCCAGCCGCCACAACAGCUCCAACCACAGCUCCAACCACAGCCACCACCACCACAACCACCAGCAGCACCACGGCCGCCGCCGAGAGGGCUCCGGCUGCCACCACAAAGCAGGAGUUGGCCACCAAUGGAUCGUCCAUAUGGGACAUAAGAGCUAUGGCUAAUAGUAACUGGGCAAACAUCACCUGGAGCCACAAUUACUCUGCAGGAACUGACUUUGUGGUUAAGUAUAUCACCAGUAACAAGACAGAGAGAUCUAUCCCUGUUAAGGCUCAGACCCCUUCCUCUGUGCAGCUGGCGGAUCUGACGCCGGGGAUGAUGUACAAGCUGUGGGUGUUCCCCAUAUGGUCUAGCCCCAGCGAGCACUCGUACAUAACCUUUACCACCAGCUCAGCCUACACCAAGAACCAGGUGGACAUCGCCACGCAGGGCUGGUUCAUCGGGCUCAUGUGUGCCAUCGCCCUGCUCGUGCUCAUCCUGCUCAUCGUCUGCUUCAUCAAGAGGAGCAGAGGGGGCAAAUACCCAGUCCGGGACAAUAAAGAUGAGCACCUAAAUCCCGAGGACAAGAACGUGGAAGAUGGAUCCUUUGACUACAGGUCUCUUGAAAGCGAUGAAGACAACAAACCUCUUCCCAACAGCCAGACGUCGCUGGACGGGACGAUAAAGCAGCAGGAGAGCGACGACAGCCUGGUGGACUAUGGAGAGGGGGGAGAGGGGCAGUUCAACGAGGACGGCUCCUUCAUCGGCCAGUACACCGUGAAGAAGGACAAGGAGGAGACCGAAGGCAACGAGAGCUCCGAGGCCACCUCGCCGGUCAACGCCAUCUACUCGUUGGCAUAGCCCAGUGCCCGGGGAACACCGACAGCCUGAGGGGGUCCGGAGGGCACGGGGGGUCCCACGGCAGCCCCCCCACGAUGGGAACGUGGGAAUGGAACCAACCAACAAAAAACGAAAUGAAAAAAAAGGGGA